CUCCUUCCUCCCACAGAGCUGCGCUUAAAAGCCGGUCCCAGCCCCGGCCCCGUCUGAGCAGCGACUGCCCCACGGAGCCCACGGACCCCACAGCCGGGCUCCACUGCAGCUAUGGGGCAACAUCCUGCUCCCGUCCUCAUCCUCACUGUGCUGCUGGGGGCCGUGGUGACUGGGCAGCCCCGGGGCCGGAUCCUGAGGGGUUCUGAGGCCAAGCCCCACCUGAGGCCGUACAUGGCCUCGCUGCAGCUGGACGGGCAGCACGUCUGCGGCGGCUUCCUCAUCGCUGAGCAGUGGGUGCUGAGCGCCGCGCACUGCACCGAGGAGACGGAUGGCCAACUCUUCCAGGUCCUCCUGGGUGCCCACUCCCUGACGAAGCCAGAGCCCCACAAACGCCUGUACAGGGUGCGUGCUCAGAUCCCCCACCCUGGCAGCAACAUCCACAACAACGAGGACGACCUCCUCCUCCUCCAGCUGGAGGAGAAGGCAGAGCUGAACCAGCACGUGCAGGUGCUGCCGUUGCAGCGGCAGGACAGGGACGUGCAGCCCGACACCGUGUGUGAGGUGGCGGGUUGGGGCACCACCAGCCACAGCGGCCGCCGGCCCGACACCCUGCAGGAGCUGCAGCGACCCGUCAUCAGCCGCGAGCUCUGCAACCGCCGCACACACCACGACCACAGCGUCACCCGCAACAUGAUGUGCACCAGCUCCCACAGGAAGGACACCUGCAAGGGAGACUCCGGCGGGCCCCUGGUCUGCGGGGGGGUGGCCGAGGGGGUGGUGACGGCCGGUUCCCGAGUGUGCGGCAACCAGCACAAACCCGCCAUCUACACGCGGAUCGCGCCCUACGCAGCCUGGAUCGACGGCGUCCUGGCCUCGGCGCCUGCACUCACGGCUGCCCCCUGAGCCCUGCCCCGGGCGCGGCUCCACGCCACGGCUUUGCUGCUGCCCGCCCGGCCCCGGGGGGCUGGGGAGGGGAGGGUCCCACCGCUGAGCAGCCCCCAGCGACAGGAGGGGGCUGUGCCCAAGGAACAGGGGGGGAAAAGGGUGCCCAGGAGCUCGUUGGCAGAGCAAGGGGCAGGGCUGGGGGUGGCAGGGUGGAGGGGGCACAGCCCCCCAUGCUGGCACAAGCCACAGGCUUUGCUGAACAUGCCCUUAACGCUGCAAUAAAGUCAUGAUGAUCCCUGCA